ACCGAACACAACUCUGACUUACGCUCCUGGUCCUUGCUUGAGAAGAGGAGGAGGACUGGCUUGGGGACGUGUUCCAGUCGCGUUUCGGAAGCAGGUCCACGUCUGAAACAGCGAGAGCGAGAUCUACAACAGCAGAAUCGUAUAGCACGAUGGCCACUCCAGAUACAAGCCGAAGACUCGAUGUGCCUCGCAGUGCUGGCGAGCCAGCGCUCCUCACCGACGAGACUGGACACUCGAUUGUACCAACGCAUCCAAUAAGUGGUAUUGACUUUGGAGCCCAUCUCAGCCAAGGCGGCAGUUGCAUCAAAGAAGAGGCAGAAGAGAAUGGCGGGUCAUACUUCUCGGAUUUACCGGGGCGUGCGAGUGACGUGAAACCGCCCAAGAAGAGCACGACAACUCCCUCACGUGGACCUGACAAUGCCAUACUAGACGGAGCGGCGCUGAAGCGAGCUCAGACAGCUCCUCCGACAAGACCGAAAGCUCCCACGAGAAGCAGUACGCUCAUGCGUGCCAUGCGAAGAGACCGAUUUGCAUGCGAGUACACCUUCGACCCAAUGUAUUCGGAUAGCGACUCAUCUUCGUCUGACGACGAGGCAGAGCGACGCGCUCCUGCUAGGCCAAGACGAGCCACAAGAACGGUAUCAGCCAAGGACAAAGAUAUCGCAAAGCAGAAUGCCAAAGAAGGACGAUCAUACUCCAGAUUCAAGGUCUGCAAUGAUCAGCUAAAGACCAAGGGAAGAGUUUCGAAACGCGAUGGACGUCUGAAUAUUUCAAUCAAUGAGACAGCGAACAGUGGAUACCUCGCAAAGACGCUGGGGCAGACGAUAAGACAUCACCUGGAUAUACCCAACCGGAAACGAGGAUGGAAGCAGAGACAGCAUACGUCUUCUGAUCAUCCUGCAGGUGCAUUAUCAGCAGACCUGGAAAAGGCUCCCUCGCCCCUGCAUCCUGCGAAUACAUGGCCUCGCCUCAAUAUCGUCAUCAUGAUCAUUGGCUCUCGCGGUGAUAUUCAGCCAUUCAUCAAGGUGGGUAAAAUUUUGAGGGAUGAAUAUGGGCACCGCGUGCGGAUAGCAACGCACCCAACUUUCCGAGACUUCGUGGAAAAGGACAGCGGGCUGGAGUUCUUCAGCGUUGGCGGUGACCCAUCGGAAUUGAUGGCGUUCAUGGUCAAGAACCCAGGUUUAAUCCCCAGUCUAUCUACCAUUCGGGAAGGCGAGAUUCCUAGGAGGCGAAAAGCGAUGGGUGAAAUGUUCGACGGGAUGUAUCGCGCUUGCACGAACUCCACGGACGAUGAGAAGGAUGUCUUGAACCUGAAGCUUAUGGGUACCAAGGCACCCUUCAUUGCGGACGCGAUCAUCGCGAAUCCACCGAGCAUGGCACAUGUGCACAUCGCCGAAAGACUUGGGAUACCUCUACACAUCAUGUUUACAUUUCCAUACUCACCUACGCAAGCAUUCCCGCAUCCUCUCGCCAACAUCAAACCAGGAAAGAGCAAUGUUGAUGCUAACUACGUCAACUUCAUGUCGUAUCCAUUGGUGGAAAUGAUGACCUGGCAGGGUCUUGGGGAUAUCGUAAACAAAUUCCGCGUGAAGACCUUGGGCUUAGAGCCGGUGAGUUCGCUCUGGGCGCCUGGCGCAUUGUAUCGCAUGAAGGUGCCAUACACAUAUAUGUGGAGUCCAUCUCUGGUGCCGAAGCCAGCGGACUGGGGCGACGAGAUCGACAUCUCUGGCUUCGUCUUUCUGGAAAUGGCCAAUACAUUCAAGCCUCCAGAAGAGCUACAGAAGUUUCUUGAUGCGGGCCCACCACCUGUCUAUAUUGGUUUCGGGUCCAUCGUGGUCGACGAUCCUAACAAGUUCACCGAGAUGAUCUUCGAAGCAACGAAGAUCGCUGAAGUUCGAGCGGUGGUCAACAAGGGAUGGGGCGGACUGGGCAGAGGAAAUGACGAUACUCUUGAAAACAUCUUCAUGCUCGAGAACACACCCCACGACUGGCUCUUUCCAAAGGUCAAGGCGGUAGUGCAUCACGGCGGUGCUGGGACUACAGCGAUCGGUCUGAAAUGCGCAAAGCCGACAAUGAUCAUACCCUUCUUUGGGGACCAACCUUUCUGGGCAGCCAGAGUUGUCGAAGCAGGUGCCGGCGCCAAAGAAGUCAUUCCGUGGAAGCGCUUGACAGCGGAAAAUUUCGCCGAGGGCAUCAAGCAGUGCUUGACAGAGGAAGCGCAGCGCAAUGCUCAAAAGCUUGCCGAUAACAUUGCCCGAGAAGGCGACGGCGCUGCAAAUGCCGUGAAGUCAUUCCAUCGAGCAUUACCCUUGAGUGGUAUGAACAGUAUAAGAUGCUCCGUGCUGGAAGAUCGAGUUGCUGAAUGGCGGAUCAAAGGAUCGGCGUUGAAGCUCUCGACACUUGCAGCUGAGAUUUUGCAAGAGAAAGGCAAGAUCAGACCUCAUGACCUGCGACUUCUACACAAGGUAUAUUGGAAUGACUUUGAUGGCCCUGGGGAGCCCUUGACCGGAAUGGCUGGCGCUGUGACUGAUUCUCUUUACGGCAUUGGUGCGGGCAUGGGCAUGGUGCCUGUUCGGGUGGCCAAGCACCUCAAGAGGCGAGCAGAGCAUGAACGGAAAAAGGCUGCACAUCAGAGGAGGAAGGAAGAUCGCAAGCAGCGCAAGCAGGAGAAAGCGGAAGUGCGAUGUUCAGAGCCGCAAGCGACCAAAGAGCUUGAGCGUCCUACGACGAACAGAGGCGAGACAUCAAAUACUCUGGGCUCAACAUUGUCAGCCGAUCCCCCACAGCACGUGUUUCGAGAACUUGUUGAUGACGUUCGAGAAGGCAUCAAGCAGUCUGGGUGGGCUUUUCUGACGAUGCCAAACGACCUUCACAUGGCCAUUGCUCAAGGUUUCCACAAUGCACCUAGAUUGUACGGAGAUGCCACAGUACGCAAGCCCAUUAGGAUCACUGGAGUCAAGUCUGGCUGUCGAGCAGCCCGAAAGGAGUUUUGGUACGGCAUUUACGAUGCAUGGACUGGACUUGUCACUCAGCCUGUUGGUGGCUUCAAAGAUGGCGAUACUCUUACUUCGAAACUGGCAGGCAUGGGGACUGGGUUUGGCAAAGGGCUUGGCGGCUUCGUGCUCAAGAAUCUCAGCGCUGUAGUCUCACCUCCAGCAUAUGCCGGAAAAGGUGUCAUGAUAUACAUCCGGAAGAAGACGACUCACGACAAUCUGGGCUCGAAGCACAACAUUCGCAGAUCACAUCUCGUGCAGGGCUAUCGCGACUACCAGGCUCUGAAGGCACAAUCUGAUCCGCAAGGUCGUGAGCAGCUGCGGCGCAUCGAGGAAAAGGUCGACGAAGGUUGGAAGGUAUAUGAGGACAUUUGGAGUGCAGCUUACGAGGAAUACGGUGUGGUCGGCGGUGGUAUCAUUGCACGUUUCAAGUUGAACAAAGAGAAGCGAGCGUGGCAGCGCGCGGGCGUUCUGGAGAAUAUUCGGACUGCUGAACGCACGCUCCAGGUGCGAAAAGAGGGCCAAGAUAUCCAUAAGUACUUGGCCGAGCAUCGUAGCAAGGAGAAAGACCUUGCCACGACAUCACGUCCACCGGCGAUGGAGGAACCGAAAGAUGGACGAGUCAAGGUCGACGACCUGCCCAAGACCGAGACUUCAUAUGCUUCCGAUGAGCCCCAGACAGGUGAGGAGGGGAAGGUUGUCGACGAUUCGGAACGAAAGCCAAGUCAAUCGGCGCGAUCAGAGAGCCAGUCGACUACAGCCGUCAACUCCUCCGAGGACGAAGACAAGAAGCGGGAUAGUAGGUGGCCGGCGAGGUCGCCAGUGAAGAUGAAAGUCGUUGAUCAUGGGGAUUUGCUGAAGGCCAUUGCGCGUGGAGGUACGAAGUCGAAGCCGGCUUUGGGUCGUGUUACUACUACUUGAUAGUAAUGGAGAUCUAUGUAUCGUCGUGUCCACUAGGAUGAAUCUCGGAGCUAAUGGCAUUGACUGACAUGCGCUUCCUGAAACUGAAUACAGACACGGCGAAUGUGAGUGUGCUGCCGCAUUACAUGUGAAGAUUUG